AUGCAAAAAUAUACUUUAAGAAUAUGUUAUGGACAAUUCAAGAUAUCAUUUUAUAUUACUGUAUGGUUAAGCAUUCUGCUAUUAGCAUUAACUAUAUUUAAUCGAAUAUACUCGAUUAAAUAUCAAAUUCAAUUAAUCAAUACUGUGAAAAGAAAUAGCAUUAAGUCAUAUGAUCCACGUGAUUCACCUUUCAUAUUUAUUGGAGGACAUCAAAGUACAGGUACUGGAUUAAUGCGCAUUCUUCUGGAUAUUCAUCCAUUAGUUCGUUGUGGACCAGAACCAAUUGUCACGAGAGAGAUGUUAAGGUAUAGAAGACAUUUGGAAGGCAUAAGCAAUCAAUUGUUACAGUCUGGCAUUACUGAUUAUGUGUUGGAUGAUUCAACUGCAGCAUUCAUUGCAACAGUUAUUCAGAAAAUGGGACCUCAAGCAGAAAGACUAUGUCAUAAGGAUCCCUCGUCAUUUUUAUAUCUUGAGGAAUUGGCUGAUAUUUUUCCAAAAGCAAAAUUUAUUCAUAUGAUUAGAGAUGGAAGAGCCGCUAUUGCAUCUACAAUUCAUCGUGGUAUACAUCCAUAUUAUACACUCGAGAAUGUCACAGCAGCAAGUUUUGCUUGGGAGAGAACAACAUCAAAAAUGUCAGAGGAUUGUCAAUAUAUUGGCAUAUCUCGUUGCCUACCUGUUCGCUAUGAAUGUCUGAUAUUGAAUCCACGUGAUGAGAUUAAAAAAGUUCUUGAUUUUCUUGAACUACCAUGGGAUGAUAAAUUAUUGGAACAUGAAAAAUUUGUUAAUAACACGUCCAUGUUAAACAAAUAUGAAGCUAGUUCAAUACAAAUAGUCAAAUCUAUGCAUAACCAAUCAUUAGAUGCAUGGUCACGAAAUGAUUCAGCGAUUCCCAUGGAAUUUUUCAAAUUUAUCAGUGAUAAUAGUACACUUUUAAAAUCAUUAGGUUAUGCAACAGGUGAAAUUCCACCAAACUAUAAAAACAUCUGCAAUAAUUGA